UCCCCACCGGAGAAGCAAAUUUUGCAAGUUGCUUUUAGUUUAAGUGAUUAAGAAUAAUUAUCUUUGCAUUCGAGGUUCUAGAUUCGAUUUCUCUAUACUCCAAUAUCGUUUAAAAACAAAAAACAAAAAACAAAUUUUGCUCUUCAAAUUCUACUUGCUUGUCUAUAUUAAAGAGCUAAAUUUGCUAACUUAAAAAUCAAAAUAUUUCCCUAUAAAUCUCAUAAUUUAAUGAACAUCGGAGAUGUUUUAUGAGAAAAACGCACGAAAUUGAAAACUCAUCAUAAUGAAUUAUAGGAGAAAAUUAUAGGACCUUUGGCAUCCCAAAAAACGUGAAGUUGCGGCCUUUUAGGUGUUUGCACAACAUCAUAAAUGGUAGCAAAUUACAAAACACCAGAUAAGCCCCCAAACUCAACUGCCAAAAUUAAUUCAAACUUCAAUGCAAACUCCAACUCAGCACUCCUUCGACUCCACCGCCAUCACACAUUUCCUUGCUCGGAUCCUGUCCACAUUUCUUCUUCUUCACCCCACCCACCCACAUUUCCAAGAAAAAACAUCGUUUUCCUUCACGCCUAGUUCACCCUCACUCUCUUUUUUACAAAACCUUUAUCCAUUCAUCCACCGGCAACCUGCUAAACCACACUUCCUUCCAUCUCUUCAAACCCAUUUCUUCGCUUUACCUUCCCUGUAAACAACCGGUUGCCGGUCAACCACCCGUUAACUUAAAACACUGAAAAAACCCAGAGAGUCAUUUACACAAACAACUUGUAGACAUUGAGUUAUACGCACGGACACAUGAAUGGUGGUCUUAGCAAGCUCGGGACUGCGCUCACUGUAGUGUUUGCGGCCAUUCUCGCAGCCCUAGCAACCCAGCUCUUCUUCCUCCUCCGGCGCCGGCUGAAGUCUCAGUCUCAGACCCGGAUCGGGCCCCACGAAAACCCGCCUCACUCACAGCACCACAGAAGCGUCGACGUUGACGUGGACGACGUGUUCAAGUGGCAGCAGGCACUGUACGGCGUGUCGUCAAGGGUUUUGUUCACGAUCGAGGAGGAGGAGGAGAGAAAGGGUCUGGACUUCGCCGAGACGACGACGCACUCGUCGUGCGCGGAGAAAGAGGUGAAGACGGCGACGACGGUGGUGCUGGACGUAGCUGUGACGGUGAUGAGUGUAGAGGUGGACGACGGGACGACGCCAUUUUCGACUCCUUGUGCUUCGCCGCCGUACUAUACUCCGUCGCCUUCUCCCGGUCGUGAGACUUGUAGCAUGUAAUAAAGAAGCUCGUUUUAAUUUGUGGGGCUGGGUAGGGUCCUGGGCUUGGGUUGUCGGGUCAAGCGAUGAUCUUGCCAUGUUAGCAAGCACAGUAUUGGGCGAUGGUGUGUUACUGGUUUUUAAUUUUUUUAAUUUUUAAUUUUUAAUUAUUAAUUUUGGGGCAACCGGUAGCAUUGUGUUUUGGGUUUCAAUAAAUGUGGUUGCAUGGCAAGUGUAGCGGUUUAGGUGAUCAUUGAUUGCUGAUGCUUUUAGUACAGAAAUGGAUGGAAAAGCAAAAGUAUGCAACUCUGUAUAUGCAUUAUUUAAGCUAUGAAUACACGUUGGUGUAAAUACCUGUAGUUUUGCUGUCAUCUCAAUCAAAAUUUACAAAUUUUUUGCAAU